AUAGUGAAUAAUUAUACUUUAUUUAUUUGUAGUGAUGAAUAUUAUGGUGGUCUAUGGGCAACAUUUAAUUUUGAUGGUCUACAGAAAUGGAUAGAAGACUUAAAAGUUUCUAAAACCAGCACUAAGGAUGUAUCUGAAGUAGACUUGGAAUCGGAAGAAACAUUUUUAAAAACUAGUAAUGAAUAUUCAACUGUUGAAAAUAUUGAAGAAACGUGGUAUAUUUCAAAUGAUGCAGAUCUGCCAGUAGUUUCUUCAAAAGAUACUCAGACUGAUAGUACUGGAGAUGGUAGUGGAAGUGGUGAUGAAAAAUCUGAUGAUGAUAAAGUUGAAAAAAAAGAAAAUGUAAAACAAUGGAGUAUAGAUCGUAUAAGAAAAGAAUACAGAAAGUUUAAUAUUGACUUGGCGCCAAAAUUGUUGUUUGCACGAGGUGAACUGGUUGAGCUCUUAAUCUCCAGUAACAUUGCUCGUUAUGCGGAAUUUCGUGCAGUGUCUAGAGUAGCUACAUUUAUGGAUGGGAAAUUAACACAAGUACCUUGCUCAAGAGCUGAUGUAUUUGCAAAUAAAACUGUUAGUGUUGUUGAGAAAAGAAUGUUAAUGCAACUACUUACUUCAUGCAUGGAGCAAGGUGCAGAUAGUCCAGAAUUUGAUGGAUUCCGUGAUAAAACCUUCUUAGAAUAUUUAAAUACAAAAAAUUUGACGCCAAUUGUGCAGCAUUAUGUUGUUCAAGCGAUUGCUAUGGCUACUGAAAAAACCUCUUGUAGAGAUGGUGUGAACCGCACAAAACAUUUUUUGAAUAGUCUUGGACGAUAUGGAAAUACACCCUUUCUCUGGCCUAUGUAUGGUAGUGGAGAAUUACCUCAGUGUUUCUGCAGAUUAUGUGCAGUAUUUGGAGGAGUUUACUGUUUAAAAAGACAGCUUGAUGGUGUAGUAAUACAUAAAAAUAAAUGUAAAGCUAUCAUUAGUGGCAAACAAAAAAUAAGUUUGGAACAUUUAGUUCUUGGUCAAGGUCAUUUGCCACCGGAAGUUGUAGCGUCCGAAGGAGAACAGCGGAUAUCACGUGGAAUCUUUAUUACAGACAGGUCAAUUAUGCAAGGUGAGAAGGAAAAUUUGACACUUUUAUAUUAUCCUCCAGAACAACCUGAUCAAGAACCUGUUACAUUGAUUGAAUUGGGACCAUCUACAAAUGCUUGUCCUCAAGGAUUGUUUAUGGUUCAUAUGACAUGCAAACGAACAACAAAUGCAAAAGAAGACUUGGCCUAUGUUGUCAAUAAAUUUUUAAAAGCUGAGCCUCUUGACCCACUAGCCAUUCGUUCAUCUAUUCAUAGCCAUACACAGACUGUUUCUCCUGAUAAAAGACAUAUUCAGGAGGGUGAUCAAGAUAACAAGGAAGAAUCUACAGAAGAAAGUCCAAAGCCUCAAGUUUUAUGGUCAUUGUUCUUAAAUUUACCUGCAAGUGAUAUUAAAUUAAAUGAAUCUACACCAAGUAACCUUCAUCUAUGUUCAGGACCAGAUUUAGAACUUGACUUCGAUUUUGCAGUCAAUCAGGCGAAGAGCAUCUUUGAAUCUAUGUAUCCUGAUAAAGAUUUCCUCCCACGUGCACCUGAUCCAGAAGAAAUUGUACUUGAAGGAGAAGAAGCACCAGGACCGAAAUUUGAGGGAGACACAGAGGCUGAAGAAAAACAAGAUGUUGAAAAAGCCGAGAAAGAGGAUUAAAUGAUCUUUUUUCGUCUUUUUAUCUUGGAACACACAGGCCAGCUCUCUUAGCCGCACACCUCUUUCUAUCCAAAGUUACACGCGCCUUCUUUCGUUUGAAAGUCGAAAACCUUUUAUUCGAAUAAUUAACGAACAUUGUUUUUGUAACUGAAUUGCCACUUUGUCCAUAAAUAGAAUACUAGAUAUUAAAUAAUAUAUACAUAUUAUUUUAAUUUAAAAUACUUAUUUAAAUUAAAGAUGAAAUUAUAUUAUUAUAUUAUUGUUAUAUUUUCGAAAUGAUUAUAUAAAAUAUUGUUUUACCCAGCAUUCUUUGUAGAUGAAACCGUUUGAAAAGAAAUUGUAUUUUUUUGAAUAAUUUUCAUUGCUAAUCAAUUUGGAAAUUGUUCGUGAAUUUUCGAAUAAAAUUGCAAUCGACUGGCGCUCAAGUCUGCGUUACACUCGCUCUUUUAUUAAAUUACGGAUCAAUCGGCCGGAAGCAUUAGUUUUUCUUUCUUUUUUUUUUCUGGUCAAACAAA